GGGAUUAACUUGGCAAAAAAGAAAAAAAAAGAAUGGAGGGAAAAGCAAUCUGGGCAGAGGAAAUAGCAAGCAGGAAGACUGUAAGGAAAGGAAAAACCUGGAAGUGUUCAAGGAACAGAAAGAAGGCACGUGUUUUGGGUGAGGGAGUUGCUGAGAGGCCGGACGUGUGUGUGUGUGUGUGUGUGUGUGUGUGUGUGUGUGUUGGGGGGUGGCUAGGCAGGAGCCUGGUCAUGUAGAUCCUCACAGAUCUUGAUAAAGAUUCUGAAUUUUAUUUUAAUGAGAAGCUUUUGAAGACUUUGAAGCCAGAGACUAAUUUAAAUUUUAAGACCUUUGUGGCUGCAAUUAGGAGAAUGGACGAGCGGGAUCGGGGGUUGGAAGUAGGACAGAGCUGGUGAUGGUGCGGACAGGCAAGAUGGAGAGAAGUGGGCAGACUUGAAGUGCAUUUCAGAAGUAGAAUUGAUAGACCUUGGUGAUAGAUCGGCGAUGAGAAGUGGCUAAGCAAAGAAGUGUGAUAAUAAAUUCCUCCAGUAGAUACUGCUCUAUGUUUAUAAUCCAAAACCAUAGCCUCCUGAUGCAUAAGAUUUAGAGUUGCCACAGAAGAGCUGAAAAGUGACAUGGAAACUGAUAACGCUGCCUGGUAUCUCUGGAAAGUGUGCCAGGCUGUUGGGAUAGAGAGGCUGCGGGUCCAAGAUGAAGGCACCAGCAGAUGUGCUGUCUGGAACCUCUUUCCGAAGCUAUAAAAGACAAAGGGAAGAGCCAUGUCCAUGAUUGCAGAUUUCUAUGGUGGCAAGUCCAUUCUCAUUACUGGGGCCACAGGCUUCCUGGGCAAAGUGUUGAUGGAGAAGCUAUUUCGCACCAGCCCAGACCUGAGAGUCAUUUACAUCCUUGUGAGGCCCAAGGCUGGCCAGACCCUGCAGCAGAGGGUUUUCCAGAUCCUAAAUAGUAAGCUGUUUGAAAAAGUCAAAGAAGUUUGUCCAAAUGUGCAUGAGAAGAUCCGAGCUAUUUCUGCAGAUCUCAAUCAGAAUGACUUUGCCAUCAGCAUUCAGGACAUGCAGGAGCUUCUUUCCUACACAGACAUCAUCUUCCACUGUGCGGCUACAGUGCGCUUUGAUGACCACCUGAGACAUGCUGUGCAGCUUAACGUCACUGCCACCCAGCAGCUCUUGCUCAUGGCCAGUCAGAUGCCAAACCUGAAAGCCUUCAUACACAUCUCUACUGCCUUUUCAAAUUGUAACCUGAAGCACAUUGAUGAAGUCAUCUAUCCAUGCCCUGUGGAGCCAAAAAAAAUCAUCGACUCCAUGGAGUGGUUAGACGAUGCUAUUAUUGAUGAGAUCACACCCAAGCUGAUCGGGGAUCGGCCCAAUACGUACACCUACACCAAGGCCUUGGGAGAGAUGGUGGUGCAGCAGGAGAGCGGCAAGCUCAAUCUUGCCAUCAUACGGCCCUCCAUCGUGGGAGCAACCUGGCAGGAGCCUUUCCCAGGUUGGGUUGAUAACGUAAAUGGACCUACCGGGCUCAUUGUUGCGGCUGGGAAGGGGUUUCUUCGGUCCAUAAGAGCUACUCCGAUGGCUGUGGCAGAUUUAAUUCCAGCAGAUAUAGUCGUCAAUCUCACCUUGGCUGUAGGAUGGUACACGGCAGUUCACAGACCUAAGUCAACAUUGAUCUACCACUGUACGUCUGGCAACCUCAAUCCCUGUAAUUGGGGCAAAAUGGGGAUCCAAGUUUUGGCAACCUUUGAAAAAAUCCCACUUGAGAGAGCUUUCAGGAGGCCAAAGGCUGACUUCACAACCAACAACGUCACAACCCAGUACUGGAAUGCAGUCAGCCACCGGGCCCCUGCCAUUAUCUAUGACUUCUAUCUGCGGCUCACGGGAAGGAAGCCCAGGAUGACAAAACUCAUGAAUCGGCUUUUAAGAACCCUUUCCAUGCUGGAGUAUUUCAUCAACCGGAGUUGGGAAUGGAGCACAUACAAUACAGAAAUGCUGAUGUCCAAGCUGAGUCCUGAAGACCAAAGAGUAUUCAACUUCGAUGUGCGCCAGUUGAAUUGGUUGGAAUACAUUGAAAAUUAUGUUUUAGGAGUUAAGAAGUACUUAUUGAAAGAGGAUAUGGCUGGGAUCCCAGAAGCAAAGCAACACUUAAAAAGGCUCCGAAAUAUUCACUACCUCUUUAAUACCGCCCUCUUCCUCAUCGCCUGGCGCCUUCUCAUUGCAAGAUCUCAGGUGGCUCGGAAUGUGUGGUUCUUCAUCGUGAGCUUUUGUUACAAAUUCCUCUCCUACUUUAGGGCGUCCAGCACACUCAAGGUCUGAGAACAUUUGGCGAUCUCCUUUUGUUUGGAACCUCUCAGAUACCUCUAAAACAGCAACUGUGGUUCUCAAGAUUAGGUAGUAACAAAUAUGUCCAAGUCAUUACCUGUCAAAUGUGCUGUCAUGUAUUCAUCCUUAUUUCUUAACUAUACAUUUUUAUUUCAGUGAGAGAAGGAAAGUCAUAUCCUAGCCUAUAAUCAUACAUAUGUUAGGAAAACAUUGUUUUCUAACACUCUAUUCUAUGCUCUUGAAUAUAAAACACCAAAGUACACCCAUCUUCCCAUAGUUAGCUUUUUCCUCCUUGAGAGGACUAAUUUCAACUCAAUAAACAUGGAAGAAUACAUGGUAGAAGCUGAGCUAUGCUAAAGAAAGGCAGCUCUAACCUUUGAACCAUUCUAGUGUACUUAGUAUAAAGGUUUAAAAUCAAGGUAAGUAGAGGAAGGAAGGUCUCAACAUCUUCACAAAUGCUGUUAGAGAAAUAAUUCUCCACCGAGGUUUCUGCUUUCUUUUUGUGUUAUACCAUGGAGUCCUGGUUGAGGGCUGGGGGGAAUUAGAAAAGUGGGUUCACAUUUAACAUUUUCCUUAACUAUGCCCACUUCUGAAACCUAAAAAAAACCAAGAGGUGUAAAUAAUUAUGUAUAAAGUGAAGGCUCAAGCGUAUUUUCAUUGGGACUGUUUAUUAUGCUUUUAAGUAAAAAUUAGUUCCCGUAA